AUGGAUCAAAAAACGGGACAACCAAUGGAACCGCCGCCCCCGUACUCGGCACAGCCUGGAAUGCCCGGCCACGCGAUGCCACCGCCCGCCGGCUUUAUGCCCGGUGGCCAACCGGCCACCAUAUACCCGGCCCAACCAGGUAUAUCACAUCUACCCCCUCCCCCACCCCUGCCCCUAACCUAA